UGUAGAUACAAGUUUUGUUUCUUUUAUUGAUGCUUUUUUUCCAUAUUUCCUUUCGGAAACAGACUUAUUGGUUGAAUCUCUUAUUAAAUCUAAAUCUGCCAGGGUUGGGUUUGGAUCAUUUCAAGAUUAUUUUGAACUGUUUGCUCUUCCUGGAAUAAAACAAAACUCUCCCUUCAAUUGUAAGCCUGUAAUUUUUGCUGAGUAAUGUUUCAGUCACAGGGUUUCAUCAGGUAAACUCACUCUAAUGAUUAAAAUCUCUGAUUGCUGCUGCUGGAGUUGAGGAAGUGGUUCUGAGUAUCUGACCAAUCACAUCCAGACGCCGGAAGGAAAAAAUGUACAAGAAACGAUCAGUCGUUCAGGGAAAUCAAAACUUCUUGUAAAGGUGAAAUAAACUGCCUCACUGCAGAUUGUUUCGAUCUGAAUUUGUCUUAAGAGGAGAAAUAUUAACAUUUUACAUUAUUAAAUUCAAUAUAUGCAGCACCUUGCAAAUGUUUUCCUUCCCCAUGGAGUGUUCUUUUGUUUUGUCCCGUUGCAAACGCAAACUUCCACGUACUUUAUUGAGAUUUUAUGUGAAAUUUAAUUGUGGAGUUGAGCAAAAAGGAUGCGAGAUUUUCAAAGUUUCUAAUAAAUUAAAAUGUAAAAAGUCUGACAUAUUCAGCAGCUUUUAUUCUGACGCCCCUAAAUAAACUGGAUUUCAACCAAAUUUCAGCAGUGACCAACGUAGACAAUAGGGUCCAUCUGUGUGUUUAAAAAUGUUUCUUACUGAAAUGCCCAGAGAACAAAAAUCUUGAAAACCAAGAAACACAGAGAGAAAGUUUUCUGCUUUAAACAAGCAGUGAGUCGACAACUUUGAGCGUCUCAUCGAGCUUCUUCCGGUCUAUCGUCGGAGAACAAGACAUGGCCGCCCAUCUAAAGUAACAUGACAGCCAAGGAGGAAGAAGCCAAGAGGAACACCGUAACUCUGGAGGAGCUGCAGACAUCCGCUGCUCAUGAGAGAAAAUCUCUUAGACAAAUAUUAGCCACAACGGAGAAGAACAACAUUAUUGAAAGCUUUUAGAAAUCCCGUUUGCAGUUUACAAGAACAGCAAACAAACCCUCACACAAAAACGACAAAGAUUGCAAAGAACAUGAGAUUUAAAUGAAAACCAGUUUGUUUGUUUGUUUUGUUUUUUUGACAUAUUAGUUGAUAGGGAAGACAUGUCAGGUUGGUGGGAUGGUCUAAUUAGAUAGAUGCAAACAUUUAUCCAGCAAGAGUAGUUUGAGUUUGAUUUGUGGAGUUGUUCAUAUCGCUACAGUCACACUUUAUUUUCUAAAAUGUAACUUCUCUUCAACUCGGUGCCCUCCUGUCAUCUAACAACAGAAAAACAAUAUUUAUGGCAACACCUUUUUGGUGAUAACGAUGUUCUGAAUGUAAAUACGGCAAGACCUUUUGAACAUUAUUAAAUCACAGGAAAAGACCAAAAGAAAACCACAACACCACAGUGAUACCACUGCCGUUACAACGUCCAAACGCUCCAUUCAGGAAGAUGCUGUUGUGUCAGUGAGAAAAGAGAGACGGUGAACUGGUUUUUACUGGAACUGGCACACAGAGCAGAUGAACAAAACCACACACACUUCUCUCUUUACAUGACACCGAUUUUGGUUUAUGUUUCCGCUUUCUAAGGCUUGAAAUAGGUAAGUGGGCGAAUAUUUCUGAGUGCUUCUAAAUAAUUGCUUAAAUUGGGUUAUCAUCCUUCAGUUUGCUCACUAAAAACAAGAAAUAAAUUCAGUUUAUUUAUUUAACAGAACCAUCUUCACUUAUUAUUCUUCACUGUUGUGUCUGUAGAUUUUUUUUAAUUACUCUUCUGGUUUAUUUGGGAUUUUUGUUUACUUCCCUCUGUUUAGGCAGCAGUAAAAUCAUCUUAAAACAUGAAAUGUAUCUUCAUUACCAGCUGUGGUUGCAUUAUGCUGCAGCUCUUUCCAUGUCAUCGUUCCUGAAGCUAAGAGGUAUAGCCUCCAGCAUCAUCUGUUGUCUGAUAACACUCAAACUUUAAACACAAAGCUCCUCUCCCAUUGUUUAUUGUGUUCUGGUUGUUUUAACUGUUCCAGACGAAGCUCCAUUCUCAAAAUCCACUGACGCAGCGCAUCCACAGCGCACAGCCCCUCCCCAUCUCUCACCACCAAAUUCACCUGCCUGUUGUCCAAACGCACCAGUGAGGAGAUGGGCCCUUGAAGUCAGUCUGCUGGUGAUCCUCCUCUCUGACGGUAAGCAGAGUCGCCGUGAAGCUCUGCAGCUUCGUUAACUCACAGAACGACUCACGUCUGAACGAUGAGGACCGCCGGGCCGCUGCUGCUGCUUGUCGUCGGGUUGUGCGCGUUCAGCGUCGCGUCUUCUCUGAAAAUCUGCGCCUUCAAUGUUCAGAGUUUUGGUGAAUCCAAGGCAAACAACAAGAGGGUGAUGGGAGUUCUACUGAAGAUCCUCUCUCGGUGCGACUUGAGCCUCAUUCAGGAGGUCCGGGACGCUAAAGGGGAAGCAAUACAAGCUCUGGUCAAGGAUCUUAACAGAUUCGACAAAUCCAACUCCUAUUCGUAUGUGGAAAGUGAACGGCUGGGCAGGAAGAGCUACAAAGAGCAAUACGUCUACAUUUACAAGAAUAAUAUGCUAAAGGUCAAGGAGCGCUUCCAGCAUCCUAAACUGGAGGGAGAGGGAACCAAUGAGACGGACGUUUUCUCCAGAGAGCCUUUUGUCAUCCGCGUUCACUCUCCCACCACGUUGGUGAAGGAUUUUGUCCUUGUUGGGCAACACACAUGUCCAAAGACAGCCAUGCAGGAGAUCGAUGAGCUGUACAGUGUUGUCAAACAGAUUCACAAGAAGUGGAAAACCGAGAAUGUGAUCAUCCUGGGGGACCUGAACGCAGGCUGCAGCUACGUCACCGCUAAAGGGUGGAAGGCUGUGCGCCUCAGGAACGACCCCGGAUUUCACUGGCUAAUUGGAGACCAGCAGGACACGACGGUCAGAGAGAAGACUCGGUGCGCCUACGACAGGAUCAUUGUUCACGGCCGGGAGAUUAUUUCUGGCGUAGUUCCUGGUUCAGCUCAAGCGUUUAACUUUAAGGAAAACUUCCAUCUUACCGAGCAAGAGGCUCUUGAGGUGAGCGACCAUUUUCCUGUCGAAGUUGAUCUGAGGCCGACUCACCGCCACCUCCUGAGGAGCGAGCUGUAGGUCGCAGCACGUCGCCUCUAACGACACUUAUUUUAACUUGAAUUUUCUUGUUUUUAAUAAUAAAUGAAUAAAGCAGUCAAGAGAAACAGUUUUGGUGCUUUUCGUCUCGCUCCUCGUCACAGUGGCGCCGGCGAACAGCGUUUCUGCACGAAGCGUUUUCGUCUGCUGGAGUUUGUGUUGUGCUUCUGAAACCAAACCCACAUCAAAGCUGACAUCAUUUCAUGAGCUCAUGAAGGUGCGCUAGAGCAGCAAGAGACAAACACAAACAGCUCGGGUCUUAAGAUUUUGCUUUUCAGAGAAGGCAAAAAAAAAUAAAUU